UUCAUUGCGGGCAUGACGCUGACACUUAGCGUUAGCUAGAAAAAUAAUGGCCUUACCAAGGUAAAUUGCUAGUAUGUCGUCUGUAUUAAACUUAACAUUUAAGAAGUCAAUAGAGCGGACUAUGUAAACUCUUAGCUCGACAUAUUUGUCCGCUACAGUGUAGCUUUGUAACAUUACUUCACCGGGCAUUUCGGUAGCUAACUGACGCUAACGCAGGGCGAGGACAGUGGUAACAGUUGAGCCAUGACGCUGGGGAGAACCAGCCGCUAUCCUCCUCGGACAUGUCCACUUUUACUCGCCAUCUUUCUGCUGAUUUUGAGUGAGCAGUUGACGAGAGUGGCAUCUGAAUAUGACCCCUACAAAAUCCUGGGUGUAGGCAGGAGUGCGAGUCAAGCAGAAAUCAAAAGGGCAUACAAGACUCUGGCUAAAGAAUGGCACCCUGACAAGAACAAGGACCCUAAAGCUGAGGACAUGUUCAUCAAGGUUUCCAAGUCAUACGAGAUUCUGUCUAAUGAGGAGCGAAGGUCCAACUUUGACCGCUAUGGGCAGAUGGAUGAGAACCAGCCCUUUGGCCAGUCACAGCAUCAUGGUUUCCGCAGCUUCCACAACAGCUUUUACUUUGAUGAAUCUUUUUUCCAUUUCCCCAGGUCCAGGGACUUUGCCGACAGUAAGUACCUGCUUCAUCACGCGCAGUUUAACAGUGAUGUCCUCCCAGACAGCCACAAGAGGCCGUACCUAAUCAAAGUGACCUCUGAGUGGUGCUUUGCAUGCAUCCACAUCGAGCCUGUGUGGAAGGAGACGGUGCAGGAGCUGGAACCACUGGGUGUUGGCAUUGGCAUUGUGGACCUGGGUUAUGAGCGGCGCCUGGCCAGCCAGCUGGGAGCUCACCGCGCUCCCUCCAUCAUUGGGCUGGUGAACGGCAGGGUGACCUUCUUCCAUCAGGCUGUGGUACGGGAGCACCUGCGACAGUUCAUUGAAGACCUGCUGCCCCAGAAACUGGUGGAAAAGAUCACAGAUAACAACUACUUGGCUUUCCUGGAUAGCUGGCGUGCGGAAAACAAGCCCAGUGUUCUCUUGUUUGACCAAGUCCCUGUCAUUCCCUUCCUCUAUAAAUUAACAGCAUUUGCCUUCAGAAACUAUGUGCGUUUUGGCUACGUGGACCAGGGGGACACGCGCAACACUCGGCUACUGCGGCAGUUCAACAUUAACACAUACGCCCCCACCAUGCUGCUGUUCAAGGAGGACACAGAAAAGCCAGUUGACAUCAUCCAGGCCAGAGGGAUGAAGCGACAGAUCAUGGAUGAGUUCGUCUCCAACAACAAGUUCCUGCAGGUGCCACGGCUGGUCAACCAGCAGCUUUUUGAUGAGCUGUGCCCUGUCAAGCAGUUCCACCGACGGAGGAAGUACUGUGUGCUGCUGAUCACUGGGGAGGACCAAGCCUUUCUCCCAGGCAAUAAGGCCUUCCUGGACUUUGCAUCGGUUAACAAAAAAGACGUGCUGCGGUUUGCAUACGUCUACCAGCGUCAGCAGCAGCCUCUCUGUCAGGCACUUCUCCACAAUCAGGCUGCACUCUCACCUCAGGUGGUGAUUCUCGAGAGGCGGAGCCAUGCUGGUAAGGUCUUAUACCGCUCUGUGAGUGGCGGCUGGAACGGCAGUGAAGAAGAUAAGUACCGUCUCCAUGAACAGCUGGAGCUCCUUCAGAAAGACCCCACCUAUCUGACUUCAGACGCAACCCUGCCAGAACUCAACAACGAGAUGGCCCCCAUUUUUAUUAUUCAGUGGAUGAAUGCCGCCUAUGAUUACAUCCUGCAAAUAUAUGAUGACCUUCUCUACUCCAACUGGCGAGAGAUGAUGCCCAUCCUGUCGUUGAUCUUCUCAGCCCUCUUCAUUCUGUUUGGCACCGUCAUCAUUCAGGCCUUCAGUGAGCCAGGUGAGAGCAAACCCCGCAAACCAAAGCCAAAGGAGCCGCCACAGCCUGAGGACGAUGCAUCAAGCAGAGCCAGUACUUCCAGCCGCCCUCCAAAGAAGGACUUUGUGGAAGUGACGGAGCUGACAGACAUCACUUACAUCAGCAACCUGGUCAAGCUGAGGCCUGGUCACAUCAACGUCGUACUGGUGCUCACUAACGCCUCCAAGAAUGCCCUGCUCAGGAAAUUUGCCAAGGAGGUUUUUUCUUUCUCUGGGACUCAGACACUCCACUUCUCCUUCCUCAAUGCUGAUAAGCACCGCCACUGGAUGCCGUCACUCCUUCGCUCAUCCUCUGGGAGCGAGGGCUAUGUGGACGAGGAUGAGGAGUCUCCAGACUACUCAGGCCACGUCCUGGCACUCAACGGCUACAAGAAAUACUUUUGCCUCUUUAGACCCGUCUUCACAGGGGAUGAUCCCAAUGACUCCUCAUCUGAGACCUCAUUCUCCUCUGACAGCAGGAGAAAGUCCCGGUCCAGGUCCAGAUCCAGCUCCCACUCUCGAUCCAGGUCCCACUCCAGGGAGGACGGGCCUGGAAGCAGGAGGGGCUCCAGUAGGGCCACCAGCAUAGAAGUCCACCACAAGCUUGACAGGUUGGGACUGUGGAUGGAGAGGCUGAUGGAGGGCACCCUGCCCAGAUUACAGGUCCCUGCGUGGCCCUCUCUCGAUGAAGCCACUAACUCCUCCGCAGAGAGCUGAGGUCACAAAUGGUGAACGGUAGCGGAUGUGCUUUUUGGUUUUGCCUCCUAAUUAAGUUCUUAAGCAAGAAACCUGCAGGGCAGUGUUGCAGUUUUCGAGUCAUUAUUUAAAUUCUCUUUUGCAGAGGUAGGUUGCCGCACUGAACUGUUGCAAACCUGUUUACAGAAUGUCUUAUUUUACCUGGAGUUGUGUGCUACCACAAACCUUUAAACUGUGCGUAUUGAGGCAAAGAUAAAGUCUGCGCUGCAUGAUGCUGCUUCAUGCCUUCUGUGUAAAGACAGAAGACAGAAAAAGGGAGAGACUAUAUAGUAAAAUAACAAAAGUUGCGGUACAGACAUACACAGUCAAUCUUAACACACACAGCACAGGCGGAGAUGAAGGUGGUGUACCGUCCCUUUUUAUCACUCAUUAACAGCCAAUAAGCAUUAUGGUACAGACGUUAGCUGCAGCUAGCUGUGUGUGUUAUAGAUUAACUCCAGUUUCUUUUUAACUGUACAUUCAUUAGGUGACGUGAGGUCAUACAGCUCAGAGAAAGCGCAGUUGUUUUGCUCUACCCAAGUAUGAACCACCAAGAGCCUCUAACAUUAGCUUUGACCUGGAACUGAUCUUUACCACUGGCAGCCCUCUAUCAUCCCUCUGUCAUGAGUUUUUACUUUUGGCCGUAUGUGGAAAAAGGUUAUUACAAAAAAGGCUUGAAAACUGAGCCUGAUGCACUGACUUUAUAGAUAAAUUAUUAUUAUUAUUGUUAUUAUUUAACUUUUAGGACCCUUCAGGUGAACGUAAUGUUUGACCUUUGUUUGCUGUUAUAGAUAUGACACAACUUUUUUGAUUCCAGGCAUUAAGACAUAGACAAUUUCACAGCAUUUUAGGCAGCAAUAAUCAGCAUAGUCACAUAACAACAUUAACAUUUCGCAAUGUUUUUUAAAUGAUUAACGAUUGAACAGGAUCAUCACCAGGAUCAUUAUGUUUUCCUGUUCAGACAAAGUUGCCAUUUCUUGCUGCUGUUUUCUUUAGGGGUUUAACAUUAACUAUGCUACCAGCCACGUUUGAACUCUGAUAAAGUGAAAUAUCAUUUUGGGUCAGUGGCACCCAAAGUUUUUCCGUCUGCCUUUUUUGUUUUUAUAUUUACUGUUUAUCCAGGGCUGGUUUUGCUUAUUUAAGUUUUGUCAAUUGUCUGAAUCAGGGGGAAAAGAUAAAUCCUACCACAUUAUACUUGCCCUUUUAAAGCCUGUGCCCUUAAACCACUGUAAAUGUCAAUGCAUGGAAUACGUAGACCUAAAAAUCACUAAUAAAUGUUUAGUGAAUUUGCACUGGCAUCAAAAAUG